ACAAAUAAGUAAUGUUCAAACCAAACGCGAUAUCUCCUUCCUCGUCAUUUCGACGGUAUUCCCUUGAAAUCAUCCUAAUCCUGCUGCAGAAACCCUAAGGAAUAGAUUCAAUUCGAGAAUCAUGGAUCCACUUCCCGAACCCGUUACCUACGUCUGCGGAGAUUGUGGACAAGAGAACACAUUGAAGUCUGGAGAUGUGAUCCAAUGCAGAGAGUGUGGGUAUCGUAUUCUGUACAAGAAGCGUACCCGUAGAGUUGUUCAAUACGAAGCUCGCUGAGAACACCACUAGUCAGUCCUGAGGAAGAUGGUUUCAAGACUUUUUGCCAUUGUAUGUAAUAUAUAUUGACAUGUUUUGUUUGGUUUGAUUUGAACACAAGUGUGACUCUGUAAUUUCCUUGCCUCUUAUGAAUUCCUUAGAAUAAGUGAGUUUACAUUGGUGAAUCCUUUUGAUUGGCUUUAAUUACUCAUCUUCAUUCGCCAUUUCAACAAGCAAAA